AUGGAAGCCCGCCAGAUCAGCUUUGACGACCCUUCAAAAUUGGAGUCUCUUGUUGCCCCAGAUGAAGUUGUCUAUCUCAUUACAGGUGCCAACAGAGGGAUCGGAUGGACACUUCUAAAAUACCUUGUUCUCCGCCCAAAUAUUGUGGUUAUUGCUUGUGUCCGUCGUCUGACCACACAGUUCACUGAUAACCUCGAAAACAUCACCUCGCAUCCUACGUCUCGCGUCCUGAUUAGCGAACUCCCAGAUCUCAAUGGAAGCGAACCCUCUAGUGACCAAAAAUGGGACAAUAUUCGAACGUCCCUCGAGGCCGGUAUUCAUGGUUUCCACAUUGACGUCCUCAUCGCCAAUGCAGGAACCAAUACUCCGUAUGUUAGUGCCAAGGAUGCCACCCCUGCAGAUUUUCGGCUCGGAUUUGGAGUCAAUGUUAUUGGCCCACUGAAUCUCUUCCGUACUUUUCGGACAUUGCUCCUUGCUGCUAAAGAGCCCAAGUUCAUUGCCAUCAGCUCGCUGGGCGGAAGUAUCGAGACGGGCCCUGACUUGGGACCUAUGACGUCGUAUGGAUCUAGCAAGGCUGCUCUUAAUUAUUUGACGCGUAAAAUCCAUGUUGAUGAAGAGCGGAUAACCACAUUGGCUAUGGAUCCCGGAUUUGUCCAAACUGAUAUGGGUGGAAUCUUUGCCGCGGUUCUGGGUAUUGAAAAACCUCCCGUGACGGCAGUUGAGAGUGCAACGGGAAUUCUGAAACGGAUCGACGAACUUGAUAAAACUACUUCAGGACGAUUCCUGGAUAUUGAGGGCAAAGUGAAUCCUUGGUAG